AUGUUCGCGACACGGCUGCCCAAACACCUUCCUCGCCCUCAUCUGGCAUGCAGGAAGAUCUCGUCCACCACGUCCAAGAGGUCUGAUGCUCUUUUUGUGCACCGGGAUACCCCGUACAACAACCCGAAGGUUCCCUUCGAGUUCAAUGCGGAGAACCUGAAGCGCGCACAGGAGAUCAUCUCGCACUACCCUCCCCAAUACAAGAAAGCUGCGACCAUCCCCCUCCUCGAUCUCGGCCAGCGGCAGAACAAGGGAUGGACGAGCAUCAGCGUCAUGAACUACGUCGCGAAGCUGCUGGAGAUGCCGCCCAUGCGUGUAUACGAGGUCGCAACCUUCUAUACCAUGUUCAACCGCGAGCCAAUCGGUGAGAACUUUGUGCAGGUGUGCACCACGACGCCCUGCAUGCUACGCGGAUCGUACGACAUCCUCGACACCGUCUGCGCGCACCUCGGCGGCGUCAAGCCCGGGGAAACGACCAAGAACGGCAAGUUCACCGUGAUUGAAGUCGAGUGCCAAGGCGCGUGCAGCAAUGCGCCAAUGAUGGUCGUUAAUGACGAUUUCUACGAAGAUUUGACACCGGCCACGACGAAGAAAGUUUUGGACGCGUUCGCCAAGGGCGAGAAACCAAAACCUGGCCCUCAGAGCGGCCGACACACAAGUGAGAACUCGGCAGGGCUUACCGCACUCACGUCGAAGCCGUAUGGCCCAGGCGAAUUCUGUACACCAGAGUUUAGAUAG